AGACAGAAUGACAAGAAGAAGGAGACAAACUAGUGGAGAGUGAAGAGACCAGGUUAAUUAAUGAGUAAAGAAAAUUAAAAUGACUACUCCUAGGCUCAGGAGGAUUUCCCCGUUGACAGCUCCUCCCUCCUCUGUCUCUCACGGCUGUUUUCAAACCAAGUUACCUCUCAGUCUAACUAACGUAAUGGAUUUAAACAAUGUGCUGCCGCAGCUUGACACUGCCAACACAGACGAAGUGGAGAAGCUCCUGUGUGAGUUUAAUGUGGAGAACAGUCGCAUCUUCGCCUUUGACCCAAAGGAAGAAGCCCUGCGAAGUAAACUCUGUCAGAGUGUGAUGUCAAUACUUGGGAAACCGAUACAACUCAGCUGUCAGAGGACAUGUCUGGAGACUCUUCGUAUCUUAUCCAGAGACAAGCGUGUCCUUGGUCCUGUAGUGACCAAGGAAGGCAUGUUGACCUUGGGAGGGAUGGCAAAGCUCCACACCCCGGAGGCUGGAGGUGACAACGAGAGAACCUCAGAAGAAGACACGCGGUCAGAGGAGGAGGAAAGGGUGGUAGUGGAGGCCCUUAAGUGCCUAUGCAACGUGGUUUACAACAGCCCUGCAGCUCAGCAGGUCAGCGUGGAAGUGCAGCUGGCUUUUGGCCUCUGUGCCAGCCUGCGUACCUCUCACACAUGGAGCCACGAGGUCGGCCUGUUCACGCUGCGCCUUCUUUUUCUGCUGGCGGCCCUGCAGCCUAGAGUUAGAGUGGUUUUGAGAAAAGACUGCCAUGGUUUGAGACUACUGACAGAGGUCUUGGAGCACACACUGGGUGUGCGAUGGGUCGGCCCCUACGAAGCUGCUGCUCCAGACCAUCAGGCCCGGCCCAUGCUUGCAGAGGAGAGUGAGCGAGCAAGGGAAGCACUCAAGGCUUUGUUCAACCUCACUUUAAGUGUUGCUGGUGAGAAAGAUGAUCACCAGUUCCGGCUCAUUGCUGCUAUUUUGCGCCACCUGUUGAUGCUAAAGACUGAGACGGAGGAGAAAACAGAAGAGGCGCACAGCCACGCUGUUAACCUGCUCAACAACCUGCCAGUGUCCUGUUUAGAUGUGUUGAUUGACCUGCCUGUGCAGGGAGGAGAGGAACAGUACAGUGGGAAAAACAUGACUGCCAUCCAGGUCUUACUAGAUUUUAUGGAGAAAAGAAUUGACAAGGGCUCCAACUACAAAGAGGGACUGACCCCAGUGCUCAGCCUGUUAACUGAAGGAUCUCGACAUCACAGGGAGAUCAGGAGAUAUAUUAAAGCUCAGGUACUCCCUCCACUGAAGGAUGUCAAGAUCCGGCCAGAGAUCGGCAGUGCGGUCAGGAACAAGUUGGUUCGUCUCAUGACUCACGUGGACAUGGGAGUGAAGCAGACAGCAGCAGAGUUUCUGUUUGUGCUGUGCAAAGAAAGUGUUGACAAUCUGCUGAAGUACACAGGCUAUGGGAACGCAGCAGGGCUCCUCGUGGCUCGAGGACUUCUUUCAGGGGGAAGAGGAGAGACUCAAUAUUCUGAUGAUGAAGACUCAGACACCGAAGAAUACAAAAACGCCAAACCUUUCAUUAACCCCAUCACUGGUCACGUGGAGGAGCCCAUGCCAAAUCCCAUGGAGGAGAUGACGGAGGAGCAGAAGGAAUACGAAGCCCAGAAAUUGGUCAACAUGUUAGACAAGUUAUCAAGGCAGAACCUGAUUCGGCCAAUGGGCGUCAGGCCGGAUGGGAAGUUGGCUCCCCUUGAAGAAACUCUCUACGAUCUACCUGACGACAACUCAGGAUCAGACUCUGACUAGUGCUCUGCACACAACUAGGCUUUUCACACUUAGCCCACCACAUUAAAGGCUUGGGUCCUGUGGAGGUAAGUUCACGAGUCCUUCAAAGGCCGAAACACAGGGGUUCAUUGUCUACAGUUAUAGGAAGUAUUUGGCAGAAACAUUGUAAAUACUUCUAUGUGCUGUACUUUCACAUUGUACGUGAUUGUAUAAAAUACUGGCCACUUGCACGUGCAGGCAUUUUGAAUUUUACCCACAUGCACUGUUCUAUAAAUGAAGCCAAGAAAGUAAACACGAAGAAGCAAGAGAAAUUAAUUUGAUCACUAGGGGGCAGUAUCCUAAUAAAACUGGGGGGAGAUGUUGCUACUUAUUGGUAAACCUGUCAAAAUAGCAUUAGUUAAAUCACGCAAAGACCAUAGUGGUGCGAUCCAUUUCUUUUAAUCCACUGCAUGUUAGUCAUCAACAUGCAGUGCAUUGUGGGAAUGUACCGUAGCACUGUUCUGGUGCUUUCAAACUUGUGGGUCCAGGCCUGGAGUGGGACGCAUUGCUCAGCGAGUCUUAUCUUUGCUGUAAAGCCAUUUUCUUUAAAGGAUGUGGACUAGACUUUUGUAGCAGUGUACUUUAAAGGCCUCUGUAGUAAGUGUUGCACCUUGAUGAUGAUGAUGAUGAUGAACAAAACAGAGGCAGGAAACACUGCAUGGUUGUGUUUCAAAUGUAUUUAAGUCAAGUUAUCAUUCCUUCACUUGUGCUGUUUAUUUUUAUAUAUAUACAUACACUCCUGUUGUGUAUUCUAUUCAAACGUGAGACGGUAAUGAUGUUGGACCAGUUCAGACUGGCUCAGUCUUGUACCUCACAUUCAAACAACAGUGCCAUUGUAGGCAGAUUUGUUUUUGUUAGUAGAAUUGUCAUGACAGUUGCCAAGGAUACUUUAAUAAAAUCAGGGCUCAGGCCUUCAGUAACAAACUCUCCAUUUGAAUUUUACAAAUGACUCUCUCUAGUAGUUUUUUUUUUUAAAUUAUAACUGGUGACAAUGAAAUGGAACCUACAUCUUAUUUUCUGCAUGAUCCUAUUUUUCCCUGUAAAGUGUGAAUCUUUUGUACACUAAAGAUUUGCUUUUUUUAUAAAAACUAAAAGAAAAGGUUACACACUGUGAUUGUGCUGGUACAGUUUUUGGUCGAGUAUAACAGGUACCGGCUGAGGAUUAAGCUGCACAUCAUGAUAGUUAGAAGUAGAUUUUGCUUUAAAAUUCAGCUUCACUUCACAUGUGAAUCACCACCACUGCCUCCUCACAAACACACACACAUGCAGCUCGUGUUGAGUGGGGAGAUUCCCAAUAUUGAACCAAGGUUGAUAUCUUCAGGUUUUCAGGUUGUGUUUGAUCAUUUAAUCAUGUAAAGGUGACAUUAAAACUGCUUGCUGAUCACAUUUAGGAAACUGUUGCAGUAAUUGUUUUGUUAAUUUUUGGCACAAUUUCUUUACACACUGUAAAUAGCACUGCUGUUUAAUUUGAGGCUUUUAAUGUUAAUAAAAUGUAAGGAGAG